CAAUGGGAACAGGCAAUGGAAGCUUGCCCCUCUUGCCACGUGUAGGAUGAAGAGCCUGCCUCUCCCUCUUUUGGCCCUUCUCGUAUUCGCCUCCCCAUCUGCCCAAGGAGAAGAAUGCCCGGGGAUUUGUGGAAGGCGUCCGUUGGCCAUGGCCCAUGGGACCUCGAUACGGAUUGUGGGAGGCAACAAUGCCCUGCCGGGAACGUGGCCAUGGAUGGUCAGCAUCCAGAUCCCGACGCGUGAUGGGUACAGGCAUUCCUGUGGUGGCUCCCUCAUCAGUUCUCGCUGGGUUGUCACGGCAGCCCACUGCUUCAUAAACAAAAGGUUCCUAGAGCACUGGAAGCUGGUGAUUGGUGCCACUCAGCUCUCGCGGCCAGGCCCAGAUACCGAGGAGCGCUCCAUCAAGAACCUGGUGGAGCAUGAACAGUAUCAGCGCCGCAACAACUUCAAUGACAUCGCCCUGCUGGAGCUGGACCAGCCCAUCAACUGCAGCGACUACGUCCAGCCUGCCUGCCUGCCUGACGAGAGCAUAGAUGUGCCAACGCUGGACCAUUGCUACGUUAGUGGCUGGGGAGUCACGGAUGUGAAAAAGCCAACUCAGACGGCUGACAUUAUGCAGGAGGCUAGAGUCAAUCAGAUCCCACUGGAGAUGUGUAACAGCAGCGGAUGGUACAACUCACGCAUCCAUUACAACAACAUCUGUGCCGGAUAUGAGCAAGGAGGCAUUGACAGCUGCCAGGGCGAUAGUGGCGGCCCCCUCAUGUGUAGGGAAACCCGGUCUGAGCGCUUCUGGGUUAUCGGAGUCACCAGCUGGGGGACCGGCUGUGCCAAUGUACGGAAGCCAGGUGUCUACACGGGCACACAGCACUUCCUGGACUGGAUCAAAUCAAAAGUCAAAGAGGACCUGGUCCAGGCCACUCUCCCAGCAAUACUUGAAGAACCGCCACCAACCACACCCAUGCCCAGUGUCCAGCCAUGGCAGCCUGUGAGCCCCAAUCCCUCCUCUUGCGGUGCGUGUGGAAGGCGGCCUCUGGCCUCCAGCCAUGCUACUUCCACACGGAUUGUGGGAGGCAACAACGCUCUGCCGGGAAUGUGGCCCUGGGUCGUCAGCUUCCAGUUCCCAACGCGGAAAGGCUUCCGGCAUUUCUGUGCAGGCUCACUGAUCAACUCGCAAUGGGUCUUGACGGCAGCUCACUGCUUUGCGAUCAAAAAGUAUCUGAAGGUUGAGUACUGGAGAGUCCUGAUUGGCGCCACCCAGCAGUCCCAGCCGGGGACCGAUGCCCAGACGCGCUCCUUCAAGCGGAUCCUGCAGCACGAGCAGUACAAGCAGUUUGGGCACCGCAACGACAUUGCCCUGGUGGAGCUGGACGAGCCAGUGAUUUGCAACGACUAUGUCCAGCCAGCCUGCUUGCCAGACGACACCACGGAGUUCUCAGGCCUGACGCACUGCUUCGUGGUUGGCUGGGGCAUCACCGACGUGUUCAAGAGCGAAACGUUUGAGUAUGCUGAUAUCCUGCAAGAGGCUAAAGUGGACAUUUUGCCCAAUGACAUCUGCAACGGCAGCUUCUACUAUUUCACCCGCAUCGAAGACAGCAACCUGUGUGCCCUCUCUGAGACAGGAGCCGUGGACAGCUGCCGGGGUGAUGGUGGUGGCCCUCUCAUGUGCAGGCCUGGGAGAUCGGAGCGCUUUUGGCUCGUUGGACUCAACAGCUGGGGAAGCGGCUGCUACAGGGCCAAGAGACCAGGCGUCUUCACUGCCACGCGGAACUUCCAAGACUGGAUCAAGAAAACCAUGAAGGAGGCGCCUGAACCCAAGACCACGCCCCCCACGACUCCUCCUCCGCGACCCGUGACCCAGCGGCCCCCGUUGUGGAAGCCACUGCGGCCUCCCAUGAUGCCGACCCGGCGCCCGCUGAUAUUCCGACCGGCAGACAUCGUUGCCAAAUACAAUUUGCCAUAUUAUGUGGGGUAUUACCGGCCUGCCCCCACCUGGCCCACACGGCCCACACGGCGGCCCACAACCAAGCGGGUCACCACCCGGCCCCAGCAGCUCCAGGGCUGGAACGCCGUCUCUAGCGUUAUUUACAGGCUGCCCAGAACGAAGACCACCCAGCCCAAGCCGCGGGUGAUCGUGCUGCCAGGAUAUGCAACCGGCGAUGAAGACGAGGACAGCUGACUCCUGCACCCAGCCUCUUGCAAACGGACCCCUCCCUGCCAGACGCCCUUGUCUCCAGACACUUCCUCCACUUUGCAAGUGUCCUCUUUUACACGUAGACCGUAUGCUCAAGCAGCUGAGCUGGGGCACCACAAGUCCCGCCUUGAUCUCCGCAGUGGAUCUCGGGUCAGACCAGGGCCUGGCCACAAGCCCUGGCCCCAAUCCUUAGCAUGCUCCAGACACCUCAACUCCUCCAGCACAGACCUGACCUCCAAGCCAGCUACUGCCUCUCAUCUCAUCUCUGUGGGAGGGGCCGCCUAACCCCGGGAUACGGCGCAGCCUGGCGGCCCUUGUUGGAGAACGGCCCCAUCACACUCUUAAGGAGCCGGCUCAGAGGCCAAGCUGGCCAGUCUCAAGCUGGACCCUGCCCGAGGACAAGCGGAAGAUCCCAGAGACACCUGGAGCUGCUUUCACUCUCAUACCACAGUCUUGGUUGGAAGAUGGCUCAAUUUGAAUAAAUCAAAUUUAAAUGUU